AUGCUGCCGCCCUGCUGUCGCAUGCUUGCAUGCUUCGAUGCUUGCAUUCGUGGAUUCAUCAAUUUGAUCUUGUUUGUUUCCCACUGCGAGUCACGACACGCAUGGGUGGCAGCAGUUCCCCAAAUCAAGUGCGUGCUUCGGCUUUGCAGCUUCGAAGCACCAGCUGGUCUGGGAAAACAUGUGCUGUCGGGCAUUUCUGGGCAAAAAGCAGUAGACUUGAGCAAAAUUGACAGCCAGACCCAGUGGAAACUUCGAGCCAGGUGGCUGCCAAUUGUGCCAACGAUUCCUUCUUACAUGUAUGGGUACCAGGUUCCUUACCAUGCGCGGGAGACAGAGUACUUGAUAGAGCCCCGGCUUAGGAUCUUCAAUGUGUAUGGUGGGAUGGGUGGGCAUCGGGGGCGAAAGCAGCCACCAAGGAAAUGA